AAGAAGCUUUGAAAUAUAACCAUGGGUGUCGGUAUUAAUUAGGCACCCACUUGAUCUGUGGCAAGAAAUGUAAUAAUGUUUGUGAAAUGUUUUGGUGAGUCAAGUUCAUCUGGGAGACCAUAUCCAACAGUAAUAGAAGAGUUGUGUCGUCAUUUUUCUCUUGCUGAUAUUCGGAAAUCAACCAACAAUUUCGAUGAAAACAGAGUGAUUGUAGAUGGAGCAUGUGGUAAGCUAUUCAAAGGUUGUCUCCGACAUAAUGAUGGUUCUUAUUACGAAGUCGCAGUGAAGCGAUUUUACGGGCAAGGCAGCAAAAUAUUCAAAAGAGAAGUGGAGUUAUUGUGUCAGCUUCACCACCCUAAUUGUGAGUCUAUUGUAGGAUUUUGCAACCACAAAAAGGAGAAGAUCAUUGUGUAUGAGUACAUGUCCAAUAGAUCUCUAUAUACGCACCUCCAAGAUGAGGGUAGGGAAGCACUGCCAUGGAAAAAAAGGAUAGAGAUUUGCAUAGGAGCAGCGCGUGGACUACACUACCUUCAUGCAGGACUGAAGCGCACCAUCAUUCACCGCAACAUCACACCUGGCCACAUUCUUUUGGAUGACAAUAUGCAUCCAAAACUCUCAGGUUUCUGGCUUAGUAUACUGGGAGCACAUUUCAAGGAAAGGCCAAAACCAAUACAAAUGGAUCUUGAAGGCACUUUGGGCCACUUAUCUGUGGAGUACGUAAGGGACGGUACUGUCACCGAUAAAUGUGAUGUUUACUCAUUUGGUGUUGUUCUACUACAAGUUAUGACCGGAAAAAUAAUUUAUGGACAGGAUAAAGAUCAUUGUUUAGCAAAAGAACUGCUGGAGAAGUGUGUUUUUGAGGAGCUUAUUGAUCCGAAAAUCAAAGGAAAAAUAGCAGCAGAGUGUUGGCAAGUGUUUAUAGAUAUCACCUUGAGAUGCAUAAAGAUCGAAGCCGAUGAACGACCAGCAAUGGGUGAAGUAGAGGUGGAACUUGAGCUUGCUCUGUUGUUGCAGGAACAAGCAGAUCUCACAAACAUCAACAAUAGUGAUUAUACCUUAUUGUCAGAAACCAUUCUUAACCCAGAAUCAGAGUGGGGGUGGGGAUAAGCUUUUGAAGUAGUCAAGAGUUUAAUUCAGCUAUAUCUGGCUUUGUUCUUUGCAGUUUGAUGAAUGUGAUUUUAUAGGAAGUUGUAAUUGUGGUUGCUAUUACAAAAAGGAGAAAAAAAAUAUAAAUAUAUAAAGUGUCUUGCUGUGUUUCAAUAACUCUCUC